AUGAAGAUACAGCAGAAUGCGAUCAACAUCCUUGAAAGGACUUCCAACUUCCUGAAAAGUGGAGUCAUCAAACAACAGCCCGCUUGGUACAAAGUUGUGGGUAGCAUUCCUCCCCAAGUGGAUUUAACUAGAAAAGCUGCGGUCAAUCAACAGAACACUACCAACUUUGUUUCACAGCCCUCCACCUUCAAAACUCGUGUUAAUCCACGUACUAUUAAAAAUAAACUAUACCGCUCACAGAAGUUGGAAUUUGUUGAAGACGAAUUACGAGCUCUAUUCUACGAUCAGCACCCAUGGGAACGGGCCAAUCCAAAACUCGUAGUAGAGAAUGCAAAUGAUAUCGAACUUUUUAAACUUGACUGGAGCAAUAUACGCCAACUAACGAAGCCAUUUGAUGGUGAAAAUGUGGUGCAAAGGACUCUGUAUCUCGUCCAGAAUGAAAACCUCUCCAUUUUAGAAGCCUACGACAAGGCUAGAUUUGAAUAUUAUCAGGUUAAAAUGCAACUAGAAGCUGAAGAUAGUAUCUCCAAAGAAGAAGCUACAAUGUACGGUGCCCAAUUCAAAGAGUCUGCUUUGGAAUACGGGUUCCAGAAAGAACAGGAGGUCAUAGAUCAGUGGAAGGAAGAGGCUGAACAGCAAACUGAAUUGCUUCAAAACAAAGCAGCAGGAGUUAACAACUUGGAAAAAGAUUCAACAUGA